AAAAAACUUCACUGUUCUGUUUUCCUGCUGAAACGUGUUGUUGGUCUCUGAGUUAUAAAAAGAAAAAAAACCACUUCCUCAGUCUGAAAUAAAAUCUUCAGUCAAAGCACCACUCGGUCCUCCUGCAGCCGGUAGACACACUGGACAACACCUGGACAACACCUUUAGUCUAAUAUGGCCGCUCUCACCUGGCUCCUCACCUUCAUUUGUGCUGCAGGAAGUCACCUGUCGUCAGCCUCACCUGUUCUCCGCUCAGCCCCUGAAGUCCAGGCUGGACAGAACGUUUCUCUGAGCUGUAACCUGACGUCCACGGAGGAGAUCACCUGGUUCCUGCUGCGUUCUGAGCAGCUGCUUCCUCUGCUAACAGUAGCUGAGAGUAAACUACCGGGGAACGUGGUGAGUUUCCACUCUAGAAACCCUCGUCUGAGCUGGGAGAGAGACGAGCAGACGGGGCUGGUUGGUCUGAACCUCCAGGAGGUUGAAGAGGAGGACGUUGGGCUGUAUUUCUGUACCUCACGGCUCGACGGAGAUGUUCUGGCAAAUGGAGGAAUUCUCCUGACUGUGAAUGGAGCUGAUGGGGAGUCCAGCAGAAUAAAGCGGCCAUGUUGGAGUCUGGGGAUCUGUGUUCUUCCAGGUUUAUUCACCUUCAGCUUCGUCUGCAUGCUUGGAUUCUACCUGUGCUCAGGUAAACCAGCUGGUUGUUGCUGUAAUCCAGAAAGACGGGACGCCAGCCUGAGGACCACCGAGGAAGAGUCGCUGCAUUACCUCCAGUCUGAAGCUUCCCACACAAGCCCCGCCCCUCUGGCAGGCCAGAGCCCCGACUGGUCGAAGAGAAUGUGA